AAAAAAGCAAUAACAAUAGUUGGCAAGCAAAGUGUGUUUUUGGUGCUUAUAAACAGAGAAAAGGGAAACAAUUUAAUGACGACAGUAUAAUUUUUCCUGCUUGUGUGUAUUCUUACAAAGUGGAUUUUCAAAGUGCUUUUUGAAUUCUCCCUCUUCCUCCUUCAAACCCUAGAGAGAGAAAAAAAGAAGAUUCUGAUCUGAUUCAUCAUCAAAAGGAAAGUGGGUACAAGUUUGAAGACAGAGAUUUUGGAAAAGAAAACACAUCAAUUUCAUCAUCAUCAAUAUAUCUUUUUCUGUUUUUCAACCUACAUAAUCAUUUCACCUAGGCUUUCUUUCAAACAUCUUAUCUUCAUGGAUCUAUCUUAGUCCUACUUCCUUGGUAAAAGAUAAACUAAAGUUUCAACUUUCUUGUUACAUUGAAGAAAAAUGGCGCACACUGACCACCCCACCACCAAAGGCCAAGCAUGGUUUUGUACUACAGGAUUACCCAGUGAUAUCAUCAUCGAAGUUGAAGAUAUGGCCUUCCAUCUUCACAAGUUUCCCCUGAUGUCAAAAAGUAGAAAGCUUCAUGAAAUGAUAACAGAGCAAGAGACAAAUGCAAGUAGCAGUAAAAUCCAAAAACCUGCUGAACGAGACAACGAUUGUGAUGGUGAUGAGGAGAUUGAAGAAGAAGAGGAUAAUGAGGAGGACCAGCAAUACUGUAUUUCGUUCCCUGAUUUCCCGGGCGGUUCAGAGACAUUUGAGACGGCUGCCAAGUUCUGUUACGGUGUGAAAAUCGAGUUGUCUGCAUCGAACGUUGCUCCACUGCGCUGUGCGGGUGAGUACUUGGAGAUGACUGAAGAGUACUCCGAGGAUAACCUCAUUUCCAAGACGGAGAGGUUUCUUUCACAGACAGUGCUAAAGAGUAUUAAGGACUCCAUUAGAACCCUAAACUCGUGCAAGAACAUCUUGCCGUUAGCAGAAACACUCGGCAUUGUUCAGAGAUGCAUUGAUGCCGUUGCUGUUAGAGCUUCAGCUGCUGAUCCGUCUCUCUUUGGCUGGCCGGUGAAUGAUCACGGCCCUGGAAAUGGAGUUGAAGCAAAUACUCGCCGUAAAGGUGCCAACAAAGGAGGUGGUAUGGAUUCGUGGUUCGAAGAGCUAGGGCACUUGAGCUUGCCUUUGUUCAAGCGUUUGAUUUCUGCAAUGAAAAGUAGAGAUUUGAGUUCAGAAGUUAUCGAGAGCUGUCUAAUGUAUUAUGCGAAGAAGUACAUUCCAGGAAUUUCACGCUCAAGUAGGAAGGCAUCUUCAUCUUCGAUACCAUCGGAGAACGAACAGAGAGAGCUUUUGGAGACUAUAAUUACUAACCUUCCUGAAGAGACUAGCUCAAGAACUUCAACAACCACAAGGAUUCUCUUCGGCUUAUUGAGAACAGCGAACAUACUAAAUGCUUCGGAAGCUACUCGAGCUGCACUGGAGAGGAAAAUCGGAUCUCAACUUGAACAAGCCACAUUAGACGAUCUUCUCAUUCCGAGCUACUCUUAUCUUAAUGAAACGUUAUAUGAUGUUGCUUGUGUGGAGAGAAUAUUAGGAUAUUUUUUAAACGGAUUGGAAGAGAGGUCUACCGCUAGAAUUCAAGGCGAAGAAGAGAACAUCAGUGUCAGAUCCACGGCAUUAAUGUUAGUCGGAAAGUUAAUCGACGGUUACUUAUCAGAAAUAGCUUCUGAUAAUAAUUUCUUACCGGAAAAAUUCUGUGAAUUAGCUGUUGCAUUGCCGGACCAAGCAAGACUCUUUGAUGAUGGCCUUUACAGAGCUGUCGAUGUGUAUCUCAAGGCGCAUCCAUGGAUAUCGGAAGCGGAGAGGGAGCAAAUAUGCGGAGUAAUGGAUUGCCAAAAGUUAACACUAGAGGCGUGUACACACGCAGCUCAGAAUGAACGGCUUCCACUUAGAGCCGUAGUUCAGGUACUAUUCUUCGAACAACUCCAACUCCGGCAAGCAAUUGCCGGAACUCUUAUGGUCGCUGAUGUGAAUCCAGAAGAAAUCCCGCGGCUGUCAAUUAUGGACGGCAGGGAAGGGGAGGGUGAAGGUGGAGAGCAAGAGGAAACGACAGGAGUAGUUGGAAUGGCACGUGCACAGGAAGGGAGUAGCACGUGGAGGAAAACAGUGAGGGAGAAUCAAGUGCUACGCUUGGAUAUGGAUAGCAUGAGGACGCGAGUACAAGAACUGGAACGCGAAUGCUCCUCAAUGAAGAAAGUAAUCCAGAAGAUAGAUAAGGUAGGCAAACACGGCAGCAACGGCGGCAGAGAAGGAGGAGGAGGGUGGAGAAAGAAGUUGGGAUGUAAACUCAAGACGCAAGUGUGUGACUCGCAUGAGCCAACGGUUGUGGAGGCCAAGAAAGGACGGGGCCAUCGUCAUCAACAUCAAUAAUAAAGCCAAAUAAGAAACAAAUCAACUUCUUUCUUCUACCUAAUGGUCUCUACUUUUAGUUUUAAGUUAUA